AUGGUUUCUUCCUUACUGCUUUCCAACCUGUCUCCUCUACGAGUCUUCCGCUUCUUCUUCUCGCUCUUCUUGGUCGACACCAGUUCAUUUCAUGGGGUAGGCGUUUCUGCUUCCUCCACUUCUUUUUCCACUGUCCACGUGACCCAGAAUAAGGAUGAAGCAGAGGCUCUCCUGAAUUGGAAAUCUACUCUUGACAACCAUAGCCAAUCUCUCCUCUCUUCAUGGCAAGGCAACAAUCCUUGCCGCUUUUCUGGUGUCGCUUGCAAUGACUCUCAAGCCAUCACCCAUCUAAAUCUUUCGUCUCUUGGUUUGAGAGGAACUCUAGACAACCUUGACUUCUCGUGCUUAACCAAUUUGGUUAGUUUUGAACUUGGCAACAACUCGAUCUAUGGCUCCAUCCCCUCUAGUAUCGGUGACCUUUCCAAACUCAACUCUCUUCAUCUCUAUGGCAAUGAACUGUCUGGGAACAUUCCUCCAAGUAUAUGUAUGCUGGAGAGUCUUCAUUCUUUGGACCUAUGUUCAAACAACCUAAGUGGAUGCAUCCCUCAAGAAAUAGGGAAGUUGAUAUCUUUGGAAAGGUUAGCUUUGUCUGAAAAUGGUUUGGCCGGUCCCAUCCCCACUUCUCUUGGAAAAUUGGGCAACUUAACCAAAUUACGCAUUUCAAAAAAUAUUCUUUCUGGUUCCAUUCCACAAGAAAUAUGCGACUUGAGGAGCUUGAAGUAUCUUAGCUUGUGGCACAAUAGAUUGUCAGGACCCAUUCCCUCAGAAAUAGGAAGGUUGAGGAGCUUGAAGUAUCUUAGGUUAUGGGACAAUAGACUGUCAGGGCCCAUUCCCUCAGAAAUAGGGAGGCUCACUUCUCUUACGGUUUUACAAGUACUUUAUAAUAAUUUGACCGGUCCAAUCCCGGCAUCAAUUGGAAGCCUGUCCAGUUUAACUGUAUUACAACUUGAUGCCAACAAACUAUUUGGCUUUUUGCCUUUGAAUUUAAUAAGUUAA